AUUGUGGCUACAUGUCAUGUGGAGGGGGAGAGGACCCUCAGCCGGUAGCUCGGUGUUUCCUAUGUGAGAGCACCGCUGACUCAGCUCCAGCGGGACACACAGACCCAGACAGCGGCCCAAAAACACCAACUAUGAGCGACUGUCCGCCCCAAACGCCGCUGUUCAGCUUCGGUGUCAUAGCCGACAUUCAGUACGCAGAUAUCGACGACGGGUUCAACUACACCCGCUCUCACCGGCGCUACUACCGGAGCAGCCUGCAGUUGCUCGGGAACGCUCAGAAAGGCUGGUGUGAGUCCGCCGUCAGGCCGGACUUCAUCCUCCAGUUGGGGGACAUCAUCGACGGCUUCAACAAGCGCCACGGCGCCUCGGAGCGGGCGCUGGACUCGGUGCUGACGGAGCUGAGCUGCUGCCCGGUGGAGGUGCACCAUGUGUGGGGCAACCACGAGUUCUACAACUUCAGCAGGAGCGAGCUGCUGCGGUCAAAGCUCAACAGCACACCGAAGACGGAGCCGGGCAGCAGCCCGAACCGACCCCCGGCUCCGGCUGACUGCUACGCCUACCGCUUCAGCCCGUUCCCCGGCUUCAGCUUCGUGGUGCUGGACGCCUACGAUGUGAGCCUGCUGGGCAGAGACACGUCCAGCGAGCAGUACGGCAACGCUCUGAACCUGAUCAGACAACACAACAACAACGAGGACCUCAACUGUCCCCCAGUGCCGGAGGGACUCGGGCAGAGGUUUACAAUGUUCAAUGGUGGGUUCAGUAAGGGCCAGCUGGACUGGCUGGAUUCUGUGCUGUCCUCGGCUGAUGACAAACAUGAAAGAGUCACUAUUGUCAGUCACCUCCCUGUGCACCCCAACUCCACAACAGCCAUGUGCCUCGCAUGGAACUUUGACGAGCUCCUCUCCAUCAUACGCUCCCACAGCAGCGUGGUGUGCUACAUGGCAGGACACGACCAUGACGGCGGAUACUGCCAGGACAAAGACACAGGAGUGCACUACCUGACGUUAGAGGGGGUGAUCGAGACGCCUCCUGACAGCGACGCCUUCGGCACCGUCUCCGUCUACGAGGACAGGAUGGUGCUGAAAGGGAACGGCCGGAUCAAAGAUCGAGUCUUUCUAUUUGCAGGAUGCCAAAGUGACAACAAGCAGUCUGACACUUGCUGUAGCUAAAGAAUCACUUCACAGUUUUUUAGUCCUGUCUUAAACUAGAAGGUGAAGGUGCUCAUAUCAACAUGAAAACUGCUUUUGCUUCAUGUUUAUACUGGCCAUGAAAUAUUAUUUUUUAUGCGGUUAUGAUUGGGGUAAAAUCUAUGGUUAAUUUAAGGUGAACUUACCAAGUGGCUAUCUUCCACAUAUGUGUUCAUUUUAACGUAAAAUCCCUUUUCUGUGCUUACCUCAACUAUAGCUAGGUCUUUGAGGGUUGUUUUUUUUUUUGCCAACUUUUUAGAAGUAUGGCAAAAGGAAAUGUUUUUAUUGAUGCACCAACUUUUCCACCUCAGCCAAAGCAGAUGUUCAGGUCUAUAUGAAAAGAACUUUAAACAAUAACGACUUGAUGUUUUUUUUUUUCUGUCUGAAAGUCUGCAACUUUAGACAGAGUUGAAAAUGUUGUGUUCCUCAGUAAUAGAGCUGUGGAUUUUGCUCCUACUUAUACUGAAAGUGCACUUGGAACGGAUUGUUUAAUGACAAUCAGAAGAAACCACUCAAUAUUCAGAUAAAUUGAAAAAUUGUGAACCUAAUAUUUGAGAUUUAAAGAUUCCUAAAGCUGUAAAGACAAGCUUGGGUUUUUGAGAGGUGUGUUGCAGACUGGAAAACAGAGAGGAUGGUUCAUUCUACGACAAAUCAGGGCGCUUUAUGAGUCACUUUACAGGAUAAAAUUCUAGCUUCCAUCCCACAGCAUAAGGAUAUAUAUGUUCUUCUCAGCUUCAAACACAGUGACAGUUAAGUUAUUGUAAUGAAAGCACUUCAGUGGAAGAUAACUCUCUGCUUUUUUUUUUACUUAUGUAAAAACACCAAGAUGGGAAUGCUUUACAAACAUAGUACCUCAGUGAAUUUAUUGCACUUUUAAGUUUGUAUUAGUUUUAAAAUCAGGACAAAGUGUGCUCUUUCUGUUUUAUUCUGGGGAUAAAUUAUAAUAUUUAUAUGCAAAUACUUCAGGGAAGAAGUGGGUUUUUUUUCAGUUUGAAUUGCUGCCUUUUUGCAGUUGCACAUAACUGACUCGUAUACUGUUACGCUGCAUGAGUGAGAAAUUAAAUUAGUGCAGCAUAUUGCAAUAUUGUGUGUACUCCAGUUUUCAGGUGAUGAGAUGAGCGUGAAUGCAGAUCUCUUUGGUUUACACUGUAAAGCAAUGAGUUCAUUAAUAAAAGACAUAUAACACCAGUA